GACAGACCGUUCAUAUUCAACUCAACACCGAUUGCGACAGCACCGCUGAGAAACCGCUCUCCUAAAACAGACAGAAUUUUGCAGCCCUUCAAUCUCUUUUACCAAGCUCAUCAUACAAAAUGCGUGAAAUCGUCCACGUCCAAGCUGGCCAGUGUGGCAACCAGAUCGGUGCCAAGUUCUGGGAGGUGAUCUCAGACGAACAUGGCAUCGACCCCACCGGCACAUACCACGGUGACUCCGACCUGCAGUUGGAGCGCAUCAACGUGUACUACAAUGAGGCCACCGGUGGCAAGUAUGUGCCCCGCGCCGUCCUGGUCGAUCUGGAGCCCGGCACCAUGGACUCCGUCCGCUCUGGUCCUUUUGGCCAGAUCUUCAGACCCGACAACUUUGUCUUCGGGCAAAGCGGUGCCGGCAACAACUGGGCCAAGGGCCACUACACAGAGGGGGCUGAGCUGGUCGACUCAGUGCUGGAUGUGGUCCGGAAGGAGGCUGAAGGAUGCGAUUGUCUUCAGGGCUUUCAACUUACUCAUUCCCUUGGUGGAGGCACCGGUUCGGGAAUGGGAACACUUCUCAUCAGCAAGAUCCGUGAGGAGUACCCAGACCGUAUGAUGUGCUCCUUCAGCGUUGUGCCUUCUCCCAAAGUAUCAGACACUGUGGUGGAGCCCUACAACGCCACCCUCUCUGUCCACCAGCUUGUAGAAAACACAGAUGAGACCUACUGCAUCGACAACGAGGCCCUGUACGACAUCUGCUUCCGUACCCUGAAGCUGACCACCCCAACCUACGGCGAUCUCAACCACCUCGUGUCUGCCACCAUGAGCGGCAUCACAACCUGCCUCAGGUUCCCCGGUCAACUAAACGCCGAUCUCCGCAAACUCGCUGUCAACAUGGUCCCCUUCCCCCGUCUCCACUUCUUCAUUCCAGGCUUCGCCCCCCUGACCAGCCGAGGCAGCCAGCAGUACCGUGCCCUGACCGUUCCCGAGCUGACCCAGCAGAUGUUUGACGCCAAGAACAUGAUGGCCGCCUGUGACCCACGCCACGGCCGCUACCUGACCGUGGCUGCCAUCUUCCGUGGCCGCAUGUCCAUGAAGGAAGUCGACGAGCAGAUGCUGAAUGUGCAGAACAAGAACAGCAGCUACUUCGUGGAAUGGAUCCCCAACAACGUCAAGACCGCUGUCUGCGACAUCCCGCCCCGUGGUCUGAAGAUGGCUGUCACCUUCAUCGGCAACAGCACGGCCAUCCAGGAGCUGUUCAAGCGCAUCUCUGAGCAGUUCACCGCUAUGUUCAGGCGCAAGGCUUUCUUGCAUUGGUACACCGGUGAGGGUAUGGAUGAGAUGGAGUUCACUGAGGCCGAGAGCAACAUGAACGACUUGGUGUCUGAGUACCAGCAGUACCAGGAUGCCACAGCCGAGGAGGAGGGCGAGUUUGAUGAGGAAGAAGGCGAGGGAGAUGAAGAGGCUUAAACUGCUCCAGCAACAUUAACAACAUAAGAACUGAUGCAGCAGCAUAAAUGUAUACACAAUGUAAUAGGACAGGGUAGAUAUCGACACAAGUACAUGUAUCCACAUCAAAGUUAUCAAACUGUCAAUCAGUUACAAGAACUGGACUGCGAAAACGUCAACCUUAUGUCAUCUGUCGAUGAUCCAAACAUCGGUUUCAGAAUCAGAAAUUUUGUUCUCAAAUUUUAACUGCGAUAUUCACAAAGCAUUUGUUUACUGUUUCAAGUACUGCAUUUUUAUAGUUGCUCCCCAUUUUACUUUUCAUGCAACAAAACCUGCUUGAAUGCUUUAUUUUUGAAGACGUGCCUGAAAUCCCAAACAUAUUUUUGUGGUUAUUUUUACCUUGUUUAAAAAACAAACAAAAAACAACUUUCAUAUAUCCUUUUUCUUGACAUACACAAGAGCCAGGCGAAAAUAUGGGUCGACAUUAAAUUAUCAAAUAAACAAGGAAACAGCAGUACAAUA